CCGAAGAAGAAAAUACGGAAGUGCGUGUCAAACCAGACCAAACAAGCGUGUGAAGACGCAGCGGAGCUCCGUGUGUAAUCUAGAAAGUUCUGGCAAGCUAAACACCUGACCGAUAGAUGACGGCGAGCUGUUUUUUGUUUUGUUUUUUACUCUGAGAGGAUUCUAAUCGGGCUUUAAAAAAUGUCUCUUAUAUCCGAGGAAAAUGUUCGUGGCGGGAGCGUUUUUAGGGACCUCAGCGCGGACGAUGAAGACUGGCAGCCCACCGAGAUAGAGAGCAUGUGCAUGAACUGCCACCUGAACGGCACCACCCGGCUGCUCCUCACCAAGAUCCCCUUCUUCAAAGAAAUCAUCGUCAGCUCCUUCAGCUGCGCCAACUGCAACUGGUCCAACACGGAGAUCCAGUCCGCGGGCCGCAUCCAGGAGCAGGGCGUCUGCUACACCCUCCGAGUCCGAACCAAGCAGGACCUGAACCGGGAGGUGGUGAAGGCGGACUGCGCCGUCACCCGGAUCCCCGAGCUGGAUUUCGAAAUCCCCGCCUUCACCCAGAAAGGCUCGCUGUCGACCGUGGAGGGGCUGCUGGACCGCGCCGUGGCCGGGCUGGAGCAGGACCAGCCCGCCAGGCGCGCCGCCGAGCCUCAGGUGGCGGAGAAACUGGACCAGUUCAUCCAGAAGCUGAGGAAGCUCAAAGACGUGGAGCAGGAGUUCACGCUGGUGAUCGAGGAUCCGUCGGGGAACAGUUUUGUGGAAAACCCCGCGGCCCCUCAACGGGACGAGGCCCUCGCCGUGACCCGCUUCAAGAGGACGGUCCAGCAGGACCAGCAGCUCGGCUUGCGGGCGGACGACGACGCGGAGGAAGAGCCGCCCGGGAACGACCUGGAGACGAUGAGGGGCGAGGUCCUGGUCUUCCCCACCAACUGCCCGGAGUGCAACGCGCCCGCCUCCACCAACAUGAAGCUGGUCCAGAUCCCCCACUUCAAGGAGGUCGUCAUCAUGGCCACCAACUGCGACAGCUGCGGCCACCGGACCAACGAGGUGAAGUCCGGCGGAGCUACGGAGCCGCUGGGCACCAGGGUGACGCUGCGCCUCACCGACCCUUCGGACAUGACCAGGGACGUCCUCAAGUCGGAGACGUGCUCCGUGCUCAUCCCCGAGCUGGAGUUCGAGCUGGGGAUGGGCGCGCUGGGGGGCAAGUUCACCACGGUGGAGGGCCUGCUGCGGGACAUCAAGGACCUGACCGUCUCCAAGAACCCCUUCAUGUGCGGGGACAGCAGCACCGCCGACCGCGUGCAGAAGCUGGCCGCCUUCGGAGACAAGCUGGACCGGAUCCUGGCGGGAGAGAUGAUGGUGCACAUCGUCCUGGACGACCCGACCGGGAACAGCUACGUGCAGAACGUGUACGCGCCGGAGCCAGACCCCGAGCUGACCGUGGAGAAGUACACGCGCACGUUUGAGCAGAACGAAGAGCUGGGCCUGAACGACAUGAGGACCGAGAAUUACCAGGAGGAGAACUGAGCUGAACUGAAAUGGCUUGACGCGGGACCCAGUGUUACAUUGCUCCAUGUUUUCUCUCUCGUUUUUUUUCCAUAUUUUAAUUUAAGAACUGGGUGAUUUAUUGCUUUCAGAAAGCCUUAUCGCAUACUUUAAAAUAUUCUGAGUUGUUGAAAUGUGUAGUGAUUAAACAAUUCACACAGAGAGAGCCCUGAUUUGUAAAAUAAAAAACAACAAACAUUUAAAUAAAGAUGAACGUAUCAACUGAAA